AUGGGUUAUAAAAGAUCAUUCAAAAAUUCUGAUAACGGUCCAACUAUUACUGAAACUGAAAUUGAAUUAGAUGGUAAAAAAAGAGUUACUGUUAGGAAAUUUAAUGGUAUUAAUUUAAUUGAUAUUAGAGAAUUUUAUUUAAGUAAAGAUGGUGAAAAAUUACCGGGUACAAAAGGUAUAAGCUUAACUGAAGAUGCAUAUUAUAAAUUAUUAGAUUCAACUAAUAAAAUUCAAGAUGCUUUAGAUAAAUUAAAUGGUGGAGUUUCAAAAAAGAAACAAAAAACAGAAGAAGGUGGAAAAGCUACUAAAAAGGAAACGAAGAAAGUAGAAAAGAAAAAAGAAAAAGAUGAUGAAGAAAAAGAAGAAGAAGAGGAAGAAGUAGCCGAUGACGAAGAAGAGGAUGAUGGUGAAGAUUACGCUGCUGAAGAAAAUGAAGACGAAGAAGAUGCAGAAGAAGAAAGUGAUGCUGAUGAAGAAUAA